AUGCUUACAAAGCAACUUUUUCAGGUUGCCAUGUCACUAGGGGAACUGAGAGGGAAUGAAGGAAAGAUCCCUGCUACGGUGCAACCUACUGGGCGGGAGAACAUCAGCGAGGUCUCCCUGAGGUCAGGGAAGUUAUAUCAAAGCCCCACUCCACCUGCAAGUCCCCCAGUAUCUACAUCAGGACUGAGACGCGAAGAAGGAGCAGAGUCCAGUUCCCUUGAUCAAGCCGUCAGAGGAAAAGAUAAGGGAAAUGUGAAAGUAUGCUGGGAGACCUCAGGAGAAGGUCAAGGCGAUGGAACUGAGAAGACCAAGCCCUACCCCUACUGCGGCAUGAUUACAAGGAAGAGAGAUGCCACGAUUGAUGUGGCAUGUUUAUUCAAAGACGUGGAAGUCAAGGUGCUACUCCUGACGGCGUUGAAGAUGCCCCCUAUCAGUAAAUUUGUCAAAGAUUACCUGGCAGGAAGGGUCACUGAAGAAGGAAGGAUGGUUACAGAGGAGAAUGUCUCUGCAGUGAUCCAGCGGAGUGACCUCCCAUCAAAUAAGACCGACCCAGAGAUGUUCACACUCCCAAUCUCAAUUGGAGACAUUCAAGUGGAGCACGCAAUGUGCGAUCUAGGGGCGUCUAUCAACGUGCUGCCGUAUUCUAUAUACAACAAGCUGGGAGAGCCUAAGCUUGUCGACACUGACAUCAUGAUACAGCUAGCCGAGAGGUCUUGCAUUCACCCCGAGGGAAUUCUUGAAGAUGUGAUAGUGAAGGUGAACAACUUCCUAUACCCAGCCGACUUCUUCGUCAUCGAAAUGACAUAA